AAAAAAAAAUUCAUUCUUGUCCCUGCUUUCUUAGAAAUCUCGCAUCAGAGUUAAAUAGUUUUAUAUCCGACGGUGUCGAUUCUGUGCUGUUUCAUUUGUUUGGCUGUUUGAUCUGGUUAACCACAGACUUUGGGGUGUCUUGGAGUUCUUUUCUCUUACCAAAGUUUAAUUUGCCCCUGUUCAGAUCUAUUUUUAAGUGAGCAUGGAAUGCAACAGAGAAGAAGCCAUCAAGGCCAGAGAAUUGGCUGAAGUGAAACUGCAAAGGGGUGACUUUCAAGGGGCUCAGAAGCUGGCGCUGAAGGCCAGAAAUCUGUUUCCAGGACUUGAUGACAACAUUUCACAACUGCUGAUCGUUUGUGAGGUUCAUUGUGCUGCUCGUGAUAAUAGCAUUGCUUCUGAGAAAGACUGGUAUGGUAUUCUUCAAAUUGGAGGAAUAGUUGAUGAGGCUGCCAUCAAAAAGCAGUAUCGAAAACUAGCACUACUUCUUCAUCCUGAUAAGAACAAAUUUGCUGGUGCAGAAGCCGCGUUUAAGUUGAUUGGAGAAGCCAUUGAGGUUCUCUUAAACCCAAAAAAGAAGUCUCUGUAUGAUAAGAUGUACAGAGCUUUUAAGAGACAUGUGGUACCACAGUCACCAGCUCAUCAAGUGUAUCAGAGUGACAGAAGUGCAGUUGGUACUAAAACAUUCUGGACCAUUUGUUCAUCUUGCCAUUCAAAAUUCCUAUAUUCCAGGACAGUUGAAAAUAAACUCAGGACGUGUCUAGUUUGCAAACAUGAAUAUGUUGCAUACGACUUAAAUGCUCAAAGUGCACCCCAGGCAAAUCAACCAAAUGCUGUUGGUUCAAAAGGUUUAGCUCCUACUUUUUCCAGUUGUAAGUCUGAGACAACUUCUAGUGUCAAAGGCAAGCGCAAAGUGCACACAAGCCAACAAGAUGAGGAAGUGAUCUUUGACGAAAGUGUGCAGCCUGCUCCCAAAGAGAAUACAAAGAAUGAAGAUGUCUGUAAUUGGAGGAGAUCUUCUAGACAGAAGCCUAAAGUUUCUUAUAAUGAAGAUCAGAUUGCUGAUGACUUUCCAGACCUUACACAAUGGUCUGCAGGGAGCAAAUCUGGCUGGUGUAGAGAGAACAAGGAGGAACAUGGUAAAAGUCACGCUUCUCCCAAAGCAUCAAGUGUCCCAGAUAAUGCUGAAUCUGCUCCAAAAUCGGAUACCAACUCAUUACCUGAAAUUUACAAGUGCCCAGAUUCCGAAUUCAGUGACUUUGAUAAAAAUAAAGAGGAAGCGUCCUUUAGAGUUAAUCAAAUCUGGGCCUGCUAUGAUUCAGUGGAUGGAAUGCCUAGAUUCUAUGCUCGCAUUAGGAAGGUACUUUCCUCUCCGUUUUCUGUCAAAUUUACUUGGCUAGAGCCUGCUCCUGAAAAUGAAAGCGACAUUAAUUGGGCAAGUGUGUUACCCAUAAGCUGUGGAAGAUUUCACCAUGGGGCUACUGAAGAAACUUCUGACAGGCUCAUCUUUUCCCAUCAGGUUGAAUUUGAAAACUGCAGCAGUAGAGGAUCUUACUUAAUAUAUCCUCGUAAAGGAGAGACCUGGGCUAUGUUUAGUGAUUGGGAUAUUGGAUGGAGUUCUGAUCCUGAAAGCCAUAAGCCUUUCAGAUAUGAUCUGGUGGAGAUUUUGACAGAUUUUAAGCAAAUCGUGGGGAUAGAUGUUUGCUACUUAUCAAAAGUUACAGGUUUUGUGAGCUUAUAUGAAAGAGAUUACAAGAAUGGGAGUUUUUUUAAUCAGAUAUAUCCCCAUGAAUUGCUAAGGUUCUCUCACAGAGUUCCUUCCAACAAAUUAUCUGGUACUGAAAGAGAAGGUGUCCCAGCAGGAUCAUUUGAACUCGAUCUCGCUGCUCUUCCUAACAAUACUGAUGAGCUUUUGCAACCUGAGGAAGUGAAAAUGAGUUCCCAAACUUCUCCUGAAGAUGAGAAUCCCAAAAAUAAAGAUGAAAAAGUCAAUACCAGACAUGAAAAGACCGCUUUUUCAGAUAAAAUUCCUUCUCUUCGUAUUAACAAGAAAAGAUCAAAAGGAGAUACCUAUUAUGACUUUGAGAUGGACAGGGCUGCUGGGAAUUUUGGUCGCGGCCAGAUAUGGGCUAUGUACUGUGGACAAACUGGGUUGCCUAUGAUUUAUGGUCAGAUCAAGAAAGUUGAAGCAACCAAGUUGCUUACAGUACUGCUGAAACCAUGGUCCUCAAAGGAGCCGAGCAGCUGUGGAAUUUUCCAACUCUCGGCUGAAAAGCCCCAACUUUAUUUCCCAAGUUCUUUUUCACAUUUGAUGAGUGUUGAAUAUAUCAGCCAGGACAAAGUUGAGAUUUGUCCAAGAAAAGGUGAAGUCUGGGCAAUUUACAAGAACUGGAAUGCUGGAAUCUUGGAUGAAAAUCCCUCAUACGACAUAGUUGAAGUUUUUAAAAGCAAUGACAGCUCUGUUGAAGUCUGGUUGCUUGAACAUUUUACUGGAUCGAGAUCCAUAUUCAAGCACCAAAGAAGGGACAGAGGGUUUAAGAUUACACUAAAGAUACCUCAUAAUGAAUUCCCAAGAUUCUCUUAUCAGAUUCCAGCAUUCAAGCUCUCAAAUCAGAACGAUGGAUGUUUAAAAGGCUUUUGGGAGCUUGAUGUCGCAGCUGUCCCUCAUGAUGCUUAUCGUGACAAAGCAUGAACACCUGGAACAUGAGGCAGGAGCUUGGCUUCCAAUUCAUCUUAACUGCAAAAUUUGAAAUGGCCGAAUCCCCAUUCAAAUUUUAGGUGCAAGAUGUGUUGAAAUGACAUGUAGUGGAAGCAAACUAAAUAAAUGUUGGCUUGCUUGUUUAAGACUUUUAUGUUUAGCUGUGGUCUCAGGUCUGCAUUAGAAACUGGGAGUAAUGUAGUUUUCAUUCAGUUAGAUUGUUAAACAUUUGUGAAUUGCAGUUUGUGAUGACAAUUUUAAAUGGUGUUUCGUGUUUUCUUCUUAGCAGAUGUAUAUUAUUAUGUA